AUGUCUGGUCCCCUCUCUGAAGUACAGACCGCUGUUGGCCUCGAGGUAGCAUUGCCCUGCGACCUAAUGCCAGGUACCAUGAUGGCUGAUAAGGUACAAUUGGUAAUUUGGUAUCGUCAGGGCAAUGUUAAGCCUAUCUAUACAUUUGAUGCCCGUGGACGGCCAUUACAUCAGGGCAUACCAUGGGCCGAUGAGAAUGUUUUCAAUAAAAAAGCCCACUUUUAUUAUGACUCAAAUCCGCCGGCUUUAAGGAUUAAAAACAUACAGCCAAGUGAUGCCGGUCUGUAUAAAUGUCGGGUGGAUUUUCAUAAAUCACCGACGCGUAAUUGGAGGAUAAAUGUAACCGUAUUGGUGCCACCCACCCAUUUGACAAUAUUGGAUAAUCAAGGAGCAGCAAUACGCGACCAGAAAGCCGGUCCCUAUUUGGAAGGUGAAAGUCUGAACAUAACGUGUUUAUCAAGCGGCGGUGUGCCACCACCACGUGUCUCCUGGUGGCGUGAACAUGCUUUGGUCGAUGAUUCAUAUGACGUACUACCAGAUGGCAGUGUGCGCAAUACGCUGCAGUUGAAAAAUAUUUCACGCAAAGAUUUAUUAACGGUCUACACUUGUCAAGCCAGUAAUGGCCAUGUGGUGGCAGCUCUCACCAAGAAAUUUGUGCUCGACAUGAAUUUGCCUCCCCUAAGCUUAUUGUUGCAAGGCUUAAAUCAUGCCCUGGUGGCUGGAACCCGCACUCAUGUUACCUGCACCUCAGUGGGUGCCCGUCCGGCACCACAAAUCAUUUGGUCAAAGGGUGGCCAAAUUCUUAAAGGAGCCACACAAUCGACUUCGGUUGAUGGCAAUACCACAGUAUCGGAGUUGAUCCUUAUACCCGUGCCGGAGGACAAUGAACGGCAAGUUCAAUGUUCAAUUUCAUUAAAUCCCCAAAUGACUUCGCAACAUUUGCCCGAGGGUCAUACCAGUGUCACCACGGUAUUGGGCAAUGGCAACAUGGGCUUGUUUCUAAAGGAUUCAAGGGUUUUGAAUGUGACACAUGCUCCAAUUGUCUCCCUGAGCCUGGGCGCCCCUUUGGAUCCCAACAAUCUGCUAAAGGGUACUGAUGUCUUCCUGGACUGUGAAGUUAGAGCUAAUCCCGCAAUCACCAAAAUUGAGUGGUAUCACAAUGACAAACAACUGCAUUCCUCACGAGGCAUUAUCAUAUCGAAUCAAACCCUGGUCCUUCAGGCCAUUUCGAAGUCAUCCCAUGGACAAUAUUUUUGCAGGGCCACAAAUAUACAAGGCAGUGUUUCCAGUAAUGAAGUCUAUUUAGAUGUCAAAUAUCCACCUGUUUGCAAAUCCGAAUCAACAAUCAUACGAGCAGCCCUUAAGCAGACCAUUAAUAUAACAUGCCAAGUGGAUGCGAAUCCACUUGAUAAUCUAAAUUACAAAUGGCACUUCAACAACUCACUGGAGAGUCUCAUUGAGCUACCCAACUCGUUGGGUGGUGGAGGCGUUGUUAUGGGACUGACGGCUGGUGGUGGCCAUCACUCGCAACAGCAAAUGUUAUUACAUGCGGAUGCAAGUCACGCUUCCGCCGGAUAUUAUCAACGUAGCAAGAGGAAACACCUACAUGGCCAACAGCAUGAGGCUAAACUGGCACAUGGCCGACAUGGACGCAUGGCUAUGCGUACGAUUGUCCAUCAGCAGCAGCAGCAGCAACAGCAGUCCCUGUCACACAUGGAGGCCUGGUCAAAUAUACAAUUUGAAGAUGAUGAUGUCGGUGCUGGUGAUUAUGUGGAACAACCAAAGCCAUUGCAUCGCCAUCGGCCACACUAUCACAACGCGGAUGAUCAUCAUCAUGCCGAUGACGACGAUGACGACGAUGAUGAUGAUGGUGGUGGUGUUGAGGGCCAUGAUGAUGUUGUCGUUGAUGACAGAGAAACUGAUGAAGCCAUUAAUGGAGUUUAUGGCCGCACUAAUAGUGAGGAUUUACCUUACACACAAAUGGUUUAUUCCAAUAUGAUUUAUAAAAAUCACUUGGACGGCAAACAGCAUUCGACUGGGGCAGCAACAAUGGGCGGUGUUGGCGGCAGUGGCACUGGACUGCUCAAUGGCAAACAGCCCACACAAUAUCAAACACUGCAUCAUCAACAACAGCAAAUGCGUAGCCAGCCUCUGCAUGAGGCGGCCGUGCACAGCAAUCAAUACCAGCAACUGGCCGAACGCAAACGUUUGGCCGCCCUGCACAAACAGCAACAUCAUCGCCUGGCCAUGGCCACCACAACGACCACUGCCGCUCCAGUGCCCCUGAAUAAUGUCUACAGCUAUCACAUUGAAUCGUAUGAGAGUUUCGGAGCAAUUUCGUGUGUGGCCAGCAGUCCGAUGGGUCAGUCGCAGCCUUGUUGGUAUCACAUCCAGCCGGCAGAUCUCCCCGAACCCGUGAAAAAUUGCUCCGCCUAUAAUUUCACCGCCAAUUCCAUGCAAAUACAAUGUAUACCCGGCUAUGAUGGUGGCAUACCCCAGCAUUUCCAUGUCCAGGUCUAUGAUGAGCUGAAUCGCCAGAUUUUAUAUAACACCUCAUUUCGUAAUCCCGAAUUCACGGUCAAACGUUUGCCCAGCGAUUCAGUGUUUGUGUUGCGCAUAACAGCCGUCAAUGCCCAGGGACCAAGUAAAGUGUCAUAUCGUUUGAGAGGAAGGACAUUGUCGGCACCGCUGCUGAGAACUGCAUCCUCCACUGCAGUUCUGGUCCAACUAACCCCAUUACUGGGUGCCCUAGUUGGUGUCAUAGCAACACUGUUCCUCGUUGCCAUUUGUAUUGUGAUUUUCAUGAAGUUUCGCACAAAGCACAAUCGCCGUGGCCCCAGCGGCGAUACAACAACAACGGAAGCCGACAAAGGCAGCGCCGAGCCGUUGUCACGCAACAUGGGCAGCCAUUCCAGUUUGGAAGAUAAAAAUCCCGAUGUGAUACCGCAGGAGACCAAUAGCGAAGAUGAAUUCCAUUUGGAGGAGAAGGCAUUCGAUCGCCUGAAUAUGGAAUCACAGCGCAUCAUUUAUACGCCAACGUCGAGAAUGAAUGCCGCAUCGCCACCGCCGCCCUCGCUGUCGCCCACCUUUGGCAAGCAGUAUGGCGAACUAUCGUUGACAACAAAUCCAGCCUUUAGUCUUUACAACACCCCACAACGGGCACCGGCUACCCAGAGGCCCGUUUACACAGCCCCACCACCUCUACUGUCGACCAGGACACCACCUAAUAUUUAUACACGCAUACCGGGACGCUCCUAUCUGCCAGCUUAUGAGACACGCACAUCACCCACAUCCCCCUACGGCUCGACAACAACCUGUACCAUGCCACUUCUGGGUGGCCAAUCGAAUGGUUCACUGCAAACGAACAGCAGUGCGGGCACCGCUGGCGGUAAUAGCAGCAGCAGUGGUCUGGUGGGCAGCCUUUCCCUAUCACAGUCCGGCAAUUGCAGUACCCUGCCCCAUCCCCAUCACAAUGGUCAGCUACAGCAACAUCAUCAUGGGCAGCAACAAAAUUCCAUACCCACAGCGCUGACCUCAUCGCUGACCUCGGGGAAUAUAACAAUUGGUGCAACACAGUCGCUACUGACAUCACCGCGCACCCAUUCGGCAUUCGGUGGUUCGGCGACAGCGACAACUCAAUCGCCAUUGCUGGCGACCAGCACUCUCUUGGGCACAACAGGGAAUUAUGAGACAAUAUCUUCCUGAGAAUUACCCAAAGAUGACAUUAAAUGUCAGUUGGUGUGUAUUGGUGGGAGUAGUACGUGUACAACGUCAGCGGAACGGACCACAAUUGUCUAAGAAAAAAUCAAACAAACAAACAAACACACACACUUACCUAUACAUAUAUUUUUUUAUAUUUUUGUAUUUGUACAGUGAUGAAGAAAAUGAGUGGUUUAUUUUAUCCAAUUUUCCUUUUGGUAAAAAAGUUUUGAAUUAAAUUGGAUCGACCUUAAGUUAGAAAAGUAGUUUAGGGUAGUGUGAUGACCAGUUAGGGUUUUGAGAAUAUCGAAAUUUCAGCACACAAAAGGGGGUAUAAUUAUGAAGGAGAGGAGAGAGUGGAACAGAGACAGUAAUAGAGUGGGAGAUAGAGAGUAAAGAACAGCGUUUUUAUGUUUUUUAAGGAAUAAGAAAAAUAUUCUUUAAAAUUCCAUCCUAAGAGGAUACUUUAGGACUUUUUUAAAUGGAAGCUUUUUUCGUCCCCGAAAAAAAUAUUUUUUAUUUAAUGUCAUACCUCAU